GUCCCGGUUCCCCUAAGCCUUCACUCUUCAUCACACUUCUACCCUAGUCAAGAACCUCUACUCAAUACCAUUACUUCUUUCUCAUUCCACGUCCAACAACUCAUCAUGAUGCACUACCUCAGUCUCCUCUUCUGCGCGUCCGUUUUUGCUUCCCUCGUACUAGCCAACGGCUAUUUCGAGGAUGGAGGAGAGCCAGCAUUCGCAGUAGAAGAAGCCAAUGCCAGCGUCGCAAGCGUAUGCAAAUACCUCCGAACAUAUCGUGGGGACACAUGGUUCUACAACGCCACCUUAGAAAACCGCACCGCCUGCCGUACCUACUCCAGUUUCGACGAACCCACCCAGAAGACGCUGGACAAUUUGGAUAAAACGUGGUACUACGAAAUCCAUCUCAUCAGCAACCCUAAGAACGGCCAGAAAUAG